AAUCAAAACUACAAUGAAGAAACGGUUCCACAUUGUAGAGGCCAUUGCUGAAGAUUUUGCUUGAAGUGAACAAAACAAACGUCACAGUGGCAUGUAUGGGAAACUAACACCACUCCAGCAAACACAUAUCUUUCUGUGGUUCGUUGGACAUCAGACAGCUUCUUUUAGAGAUGUGGCAGAUCGGUUUAAUAUUUCAAUUAGCAGCCUCUUUAGAAUUAUUAAACGACUGACAUUCUACUUAAGCAACCGAUCACCAGAAAUAAUACAAUGGCCCUCCCAAAAUGAAAAGGUCGAAAUUGAAACACAUUUUCGCAAUAAUGGAUUCCCAGGUGUGAUUGGGGCUAUUGAUGGCUCCCAUAUCAAAAUUGACAAACCAUCAAAAGACCCCGAUUCGUACAUUAACCGAAAGGGUUAUUAUUCAAUUCAAUUGCAAGUUGUAUGCGACCACCAAAGAAAAAUUCGAGACAUUUUUGUGGGGUACCCUGGCUCCGUACAUGACAGUAGAGUUUUUCGAGUGUCUCCACUAUCCCAAAGUUUGGCAGAGAAGUGUGGAAAUUUUUAUCUUUUAGGUGAUAGUGGAUAUCCCCUUUUACCUAAUUUACUAACUCCAUUUAAAGAUAGGGGUCAGCUUACAAGGCAUCAAUUACAAUACAAUAGAAGGUUGGCCACAAAUCGCAAACAUUAAUUUGGGUUGACUUGGUUAAAAGAUGCUUUCGCAAGGGUGUUCGAUCCAAAAUCAACCACUGGAAGAUAUAACACGCACCCCCAACUCGGGAUCACAAAUCGACCGUCUUUCUAAAGCAGGUGGCGAGAAAAGAAGACGCUAACUUUCUUGUUUCCGGUCACGAUGCAACCGACGACGAAUAAUUCCAACCAACCACGAGAGCCGAUGGAUAUGUCAAUACCAUAAAUGGU